AAAGGGAGGGCGUGAGAGCGAGUGAGACACAAGAAAAGCUUGCGCGCCACCGCCCUCCUCGGGAGAGAAGCUGGAGUGAGGCUGAGCAGAGAACCGCAUUUCAAUGAGGACCAGCCCCGGUGCAUCCGUGCACUAGCGGCUGCAACCCAGACGCCAGUGCUCCGCAGAUCCAACCGCACCCAGCCUUGGGAGGACAUCUCCAGCAGCCGGCCACAGACAAUUCAGCGGCCACCCGCGACCGGUUCCACACACAAGCCAGUCAUGUCGUUCGGCAGAGAUAUGGAGUUGGAGCAUUUUGAUGAGCGGGACAAGGCGCAGAGGUACAGCCGGGGGUCCCGGGUGAACGGUCUGCCCAGCCCCACACACAGCGCCCACUGCAGCUUCUACCGCACCCGCACGCUGCAGACGCUCAGCUCUGAGAAGAAAGCCAAGAAGGUUCGCUUCUACAGAAAUGGUGACCGCUACUUCAAAGGGAUUGUGUACGCCAUCUCCCCAGACCGCUUCCGAUCCUUCGAGGCCCUGCUGGCUGAUUUGACCCGAACUCUCUCGGAUAAUGUGAAUUUGCCCCAGGGGGUGAGAACCAUCUAUACCAUCGAUGGACUCAAGAAGAUCUCCAGCCUGGACCAGCUGGUGGAAGGUGAAAGCUAUGUCUGUGGUUCUAUCGAGCCCUUUAAGAAGUUGGAGUACACCAAGAAUGUGAACCCCAACUGGUCCGUGAACGUCAAGACCACCUCAGCUUCCCGGGCAGUAUCUUCUCUGGCCACUGCCAAGGGAGGACCCUCAGAGGUUCGGGAGAAUAAGGAUUUCAUCCGGCCCAAGCUGGUCACCAUCAUCAGAAGUGGGGUGAAGCCACGGAAGGCUGUCAGGAUCCUGCUGAACAAGAAGACAGCUCAUUCCUUCGAGCAGGUUCUCACUGACAUUACCGAUGCUAUCAAGCUGGAUUCGGGUGUGGUGAAGCGCCUGUACACUCUGGAUGGGAAGCAGGUGAUGUGCCUUCAGGACUUUUUUGGUGACGAUGACAUUUUUAUUGCAUGUGGACCAGAGAAGUUCCGUUACCAGGAUGAUUUCUUGCUAGAUGAAAGUGAAUGUCGCGUGGUGAAAUCCACUUCUUACACCAAAAUAGCAUCAUCGUCCCGCAGAGGCACAACCAAGAGCCCAGGACCCUCCCGACGAAGCAAGUCCCCAGCCUCCACCAGCUCAGUUAAUGGAACCCCUGGUAGUCAGCUCUCCACUCCACGUUCGGGCAAGUCACCAAGUCCAUCACCCACCAGCCCAGGAAGCCUGAGGAAGCAGAGGAUUUCUCAGCAUGGCGGCUCCUCUACUUCACUUUCAUCUACGAAAGUCUGCAGCUCAAUGGAUGAGAAUGACGGCCCUGGGGAAGAAGAGUCUGAGGAGGGCUUCCAGAUUCCUGCCACAAUAACAGAGCGAUACAAAGUUGGGAGAACAAUAGGGGAUGGAAAUUUCGCUGUUGUCAAGGAAUGCAUAGAGAGGUCAACUGCUCGGGAGUAUGCCCUGAAAAUCAUCAAGAAAAGCAAAUGUCGAGGCAAAGAGCACAUGAUCCAGAACGAGGUAUCUAUCUUAAGGAGGGUGAAGCACCCCAACAUUGUUCUCUUGAUCGAAGAGAUGGAUGUGCCCACUGAACUGUAUCUCGUCAUGGAAUUAGUGAAGGGUGGGGACCUUUUUGAUGCCAUCACUUCCACUAGCAAAUACACAGAGCGAGAUGCCAGUGGGAUGCUGUACAACCUGGCCAGUGCCAUCAAAUACCUGCACAGCCUGAACAUCGUCCACCGUGACAUCAAGCCAGAGAACCUGCUGGUCUAUGAGCACCAGGAUGGCAGUAAGUCGCUCAAGCUGGGUGACUUUGGUCUGGCCACCAUUGUCGACGGCCCCCUGUACACAGUCUGUGGCACCCCAACAUAUGUGGCUCCAGAAAUCAUUGCAGAGACUGGAUAUGGCCUCAAGGUGGACAUCUGGGCAGCUGGUGUGAUCACUUACAUCCUGCUGUGUGGUUUCCCUCCGUUCCGUGGAAGUGGUGAUGACCAAGAGGUGCUUUUUGAUCAGAUCUUGAUGGGCCAAGUGGACUUCCCACCUCCGUACUGGGACAACGUGUCAGAUUCUGCGAAGGAGCUCAUCAACAUGAUGCUGUUGGUUAACGUGGACCAGAGAUUUUCAGCCCUGCAGGUCCUUGAGCAUCCCUGGGUGAAUGACGACGGUCUCCCAGAAAAUGAGCAUCAGCUGUCAGUAGCUGGCAAGAUCAAGAAGCAUUUCAACACAGGCCCCAAGCCGAACAGCACAGCGGCUGGAGUUUCUGUCAUAGCAACCACCGCUCUUGAUAAGGAGAGGCAGGUUUUCCGACGAAGACGCAACCAGGAUGUGAGGAGCCGGUACAAGGCACAGCCAGCUCCACCAGAACUCAACUCGGAAUCGGAAGACUACUCCCCCAGCUCCUCUGAGACUGUUCGCUCCCCCAAUUCGCCCUUUUAAUAAGACCCUUUUACUCAAAGUCCUAGCUUAACCCUUUAAGACUCUGAGACUCUCCCUCCCCCAAACUUCUGUAAAACAGGUUCAUCUGAUCUAUCUAGCACUCAAUGCUUGAAUGGCAGAACAGAAAGUAUGUUUUGGGUAUCUUUGUAGCAAGUUCCCUUUACUGAAUGAGAAGGCAUGUGGUGUUUGUGACGAUGGUAAUUUGCUGCUAAUAGGGGUCCUUAAAGGGUUAAGGCUAAUUUGCAAUUUUGUUUUAACAUAGAAGCAAUGAAUGUUUUCAUCAGUCAAGCUAGUAUCUGCAAUAUGUAACAGCACAUGUUAGCCCUCUGAGUGCAUAGAAUUUUCUUUAGAUUCCUUGCUGGGGAAUUUUGCAGAACCUUGGGUAUAUUCACACACAUUUCUUGAUUUUGCCGCAGACUAAGGGGUGUCAUUAAGACCCUAAAAUGUCCACACAAGAAGAGCAUGGAGGAUGAUACCUUGUGGAUCCUUCUCUGUGGAUUUAGAACAUGGCAGGUUUUAUAACGUCAGCAGAUGCACCCCCUCAUUCCUAACCAUCUUAUAAAGAACGGGAAUCCUUUUCCUAAGUAGUAAACUGGUUAGCUGCAGUGAGUUCUCUGCUUUUAUUGGAGGGAAUUAGGUUUGUGGCAGCCUCACCCAAGUGAUUGACAGUGUCUCUCCCUGUCUCCAUACAAAGAUGUGCUGAUGACGUCCCUAAAAUGCUGCUUCCCCAUUAGCUGCUGCUAGUGCCAGGCAGACCCUCGGGGAACCACCUAGCCUUGGCUUGUGCUUGGUGAGUUGUGGUCUGUCUGCUCAGGAUCAGAAAAGAUCUAGAAAUUACUGGUGAAAAGAGCAAUAAAUUACCAGGUGCUCUACAGGGCUGGAAAUCCAACCAGCGAGGGAAAGCAAGGUCCUGUGGUUUUUUUCUUCUCAGCUGCUUUUAUACGGGACUGUAGCCACCAGUGUGAAACCAACACAGAGUAUGGAAGAUCUGGGGAGAGAGGGAGCCAGAGGCAAGGGCUUUGCAAAGUGGCAGAAGUACAGUGGGAACACAAGCCAAAAGUUCCAAAAAUGGGUUCAUAGAAAGAAACCAAUUCCAUGAGUAACUCUUGGCACCUGCAAAUCUCCCAGAAGACACGUUGGAGGCUGAAAUUGCCACUCCCACUCAUGAUUUUCUUUAAUAUAGCAUGGUCUCUAGCCAUACAGAAGAGAUGGGUUGCUUUUGUGGUUUGGGGCCAGGGCCUGAUUGGGACUGGUUUUCCACUCCUGUUACCCAAUCUGUCUCCCUAGACCUGAGUUUCUUUGGGAGCUGAUUGCAGAAUUUGGGCUUGUUGCUUCCUGUUCAUUGUGACCAUGCUCCAAAAGGAUUCAGGGGUGUCCGGGAGGCAGAGCCCAACUCAAAUGCUCCCCUGAUGUUUUCUCAGCUUUGACCAGGAGAGAAGAGUGAUAGACUCCAGAAUGGCUACAAGUGGUCCUUAUUUUCUCAUUCUUACUCUGAAUAUAUUUUAAUGUCUUGAAAGUUAUAAACAACCUUUCCAUAGUCAGGUGUUUAUUUUCGAACUCCACACUGAUCUUCAACUGCUGUGUUUACACACAGUCUUUAAACUGUGUUCUACACACAUACAAAUUUUAAAUGACCGCAUCCCACAUUUUCUGGUGUUCCACAUUUAAAUCAACACUUAUUUAGUUAUUUUUUCUUUCAGAGAGCCCCAAAAUGAUAGCACAUAAAAAAAAUCACAAAAUUCUAUAAGUUGGCAUAACACUUAAGUUGAGUGUUGGAAGUAGACAGGGCACAGACCACCAGGAAGGAUGUUGAUUUGUAGAUAAAGUUCAUAUUGGUGAAGGACCUAGAACUGAUCAGAAAUCACUACUGUCUCUGGAACAGAAAAGCAAAGCACUUUUAUUCUAAGAUAUCAAGCAGUGGUGUAGCUGAGCCUCCAUUCCAUGUAUGUGAUUGCCACGUUUCCUUUCUCUGAAUUAUUGCUUUCCCCUCGGUCAUUAACAUAAGGCCCACAGUCAGGGCUCUGGCUUUUGUCUAUCAUCAUUUAGAGUAUUUCCCUUCUUGCUGCAGAAGGGCAGCUCAGAGGAAUUCUGAGCACACUCAGAAGGCAGAUCACAGCACAUCCCUAUAGAGUUUCAAUGAUCUAUGCUGAAUAAAUGGUGGGAUGUGACCUGUCAAGUAGAAAUAUUGAGAAAUCGGAUGGAAUGCAGUAAUUCAGUCAUCUUUCCAGCAUUAAGCUACCAAGAUCUUAGAUGUCAGAGGUGUAACUCAGAGGGCGAACAAACAAGCCUGUGAGGACGACUCGCUGUGCCCAGAUUGAUUUGGUUUUAGCCAGCACUAAUUCCCACACACACACACCCUCAACAUUCUCGGAAUAGUUUCAGUUAGAAAUAAUUCAGUAGUGGUGUUCUUUGAAUUUCUAUAACCAAAUCAAUCUUAUUUCUUAUUUUGUGCAUCAUAGAAUAACCAUGUGCCGUUAUGGCUGUGUAUCUCUGUAAUUAUCCACUUAACCAUCAUGAGUGUUUCCAUAUUUUUGAGUAUUGAAUAUAAGUCUUAUGGCGGUAGUUUGGUGAUGGGAAUUGCCCUUCCUUUACUAACAGGACCAGCCCUGUGGUAUUUAAAGGAGUCUUUCAGUUUGUGAGUGGAGAAGUUGAGCAAUCCUUCAUUACUUGCUUCCUGUAAGUCAAUUCUGUAGAUGAGACCCGUUCAUUUUAAUGAAUACAGUUACCCCUCAGCAUUGUGGCAGAAACCACUUUAUUUGUCAUGAUCAAUAAAUAUGUGAUUUGUUCCAAACCAUUAGAAGGAAAAGCUAAGAACGUCAGUCCCUGGAAAUGUUCAGGCCUACUCUCAUCUAACUCACUCGUGGUGCGUAUUAACAUAAGCAGAGGAGGGGGCGAGAAUAAACAAGGGAAAACACGUGAUGUUUUGUGUUCACUGAGACUUUCCUACAACCUGCUUAGUUCUCUUGUGAGUGGUGGUUAACAGGUCUGUCAGACACUGUUGAAAGAGAACAGUAUGUCUGUGAAUGAAGGCUAAAAUUGCAAUCCUUUACCCUUUGAGGCAUAUUUCAGUUGGGAAAAAAAAAUGAAAGAAAAAUUGGCUCAGAGGGUCGCAGAGCUACCGAAUUACCAGGACUGGAGCGCGUUAAAUCACGGUUGUUUGCUGGCCAAAGGCAUCGGUUAGACAACUCUAUCCCCUGUGCUGAAGUGCAGUUGUGCUGAGGGAGAGCUUUCUUCACAUUAUUGUAUUGCCCCUAGCCCUUCUCUGGGUAAAGCCCUGUCAGCAUUUCCAUGAUAAACUCCUAUUCUGGAAGGUUUUUAAUUUGACCAUAAAAAUGUGCCUCAGGCUAAAGUUUGCUAUUGAAGGCCCAUACUGUAGAGUGAGGGCACAUCUCACACUUCUCAGCUUCUUCUUGACUCCUGAGGAAAACUCAACACCAAGAAUUCUGAAUACAUUGCUUUCAUUGUGAUUUCAGAGUUUGGGAAUGCCCCAAGAUCCAAGACGUUAUUUUUAACAAAAUUACUCAUUUGGAGAUGCUUUUGUUUUGUUUUGUU